AUGCGUGCUUUAACCAUAUGUACAAAGGAAUUCAUGUUGAAAAUUAGGGAUAUUAUUGUGAAAAACCAUAUCGCCAUGUUCGAAGUGCCAUUUGCUAGUCAAAUGCACAAAUACUGCAGACGCGAAAAACGCAUUCGUGCCGAUUGGCAAACUGCCCUUGGUCGUACUACUACCAGCAAAAUGACCGUACCGACCACUGUGAGUAACAAUGUCCGUUCUGUGCUUGGGAAGCUUCCGGACUUAUCCUACCUGCUACAGCGAAAGGAAUUUCGCACCUCUUGUGUCUAG